UCUUCUUCUCCCUUCAAAGAACUCUCAAUUCACAGAAACAAACCCUGAAGUGAUCUGAAAGUCUUGAAGAGAUGACAGACAGGAUCUACCCUUCGAAACCCACUUCAAAUCCUCCCCAAACACUGAAGGUCAAUGGCAACCCAUCAUUCCCGGCGACCAAGGGUCAGCUCUACAACCGCCCCAUGUACCGUCCUCAGCCGAAGCCCCAGCGCUACCGCCGCAGUUGCUGCUGCAUCUGUUGCCUCUGGACUACGCUACUCAUCAUCACUCUCAUCCUGCUCGCCGCCAUCGCCGGCGCCGCCCUCUGGGUCCUUUACCGCCCCCACCGCCCUACCUUCUCUGUGACGUCCGUACGGAUCUCGCAGUUCAACGUCACCACUUCCUCCGACGGCUCCUCCUCCAAGCUCAACUCCAAAGUCGAUCUUACGAUCGUCGCUCGCAACCCAAACAAGAAGCUCGUUUUCUUAUACGACCCAACUGCUGUGACCAUGAGCUCCGGUGGUACCGAUGUCGGCAACGGAACUUUACCGGCGUUUACUCACGAAACAAAGAACACGACUGUUUUGAGGGCGACGGUGUCAAGUGUAGGUGAAGAUCUGGACUUGUCGUCGGCGGCGUCGUUGAAGUCGGAUCUGAAAAAGGGUGAGAUACCGUUGGUGAUUGAGAUGGACACGAAGGUGAAGGUACAGAUAGGAAAUUUGAAGACGAAUAAGGCUAUGAUCAGGGUUACCUGCAAUGGGCUGAAAGCAAAUGUUCCGAAAGGAAAAACGCCGGCGACUUUGUCUUCGUCUUCUGAUGCAACUUGUGUGGUUAAGCUCCGAAUCAAGAUCUGGAAAUGGACUUUCUGAAUAAUUUUAUUGUUUCUUAUUUAUUUUUCUUUCUUCAUCUUUACUGUUUUUGAAUUGAAGUGGGAUUUUCGUUUUAAAUCUUUUACGGGUUGAAGAUUUGAGUGUUGAUUUGUAAAUGGAGAAGAAUUUGGUAAAAAUUAGAGACAGAAAAAGAGAAAGUUUUACGGUUAUGAUAUCGAAUUUGUUGUAUAAUUCUUUCAGAAUUUCAUAACUUA